UCAGGACUGCGCUUGCUAAGUAACGCUAAAAAGUUUUGAUAUUUUAACAUUUCGUUAAAUUGUUGUUUUUCAUAUUUUUUUGUGUGUUCAAAAUGGCUUUUAAUAAGCAACCGUAUACAGAAAUGCACAAUGAACUGCUUCAAUCUAAUUUUAACGGCGGUACUGCACCGCCGCCGCCGGCUUAUAUCCAAUCCGAAAAUGUAGCCGCAAGGCCUACUGCAGCUAGCGCUGUGCCUCUGCAUAUAACAGAGCCCAUACCAACCUACACACCCAUCUAUACAAAUCCCAAUCCGCCAGUGGGUCCAAAAUCCACCAAAUUGCGUUGCCCACAGUGCAAGUGUAUGGUGGAGACGAAGGUUCGACAUCGCUCGACCACCAAGACGCAUCUGGCAUGUUUGUUGCUCUCGUGGUCUUGCAUUUGUUGUUGUCUACCAUACUGUAUGGAUACGUGCCGAAAUGCAAAUCACUUCUGCCCGAUGUGCGGCACUUUUCUGGGAACCUAUCAAUCCUGAGCGGAUUUUUAUUA